CCGUCAACAAACUACAAAAAAUAUGUUCAAGCAAUCAAAAUAGGUAAACAUACCAUCUCAUUCAUAGAAUUCAAAUAAUGUUUAGAAUAAACAAUAAAAUUUACAUACAUCAAUAACUCAAACAACUAGAAUUGAUGAUACUUUAAAAACUUCAAAACCCCUCCAAAAUUUAUCAAAUAUUCCAACUCGUACAUAAGAAGAUUAAGUUAAAAGAGCUCAACCCAGAUCACCAAUAAGGUAAAAUUUUGAAAAGAAAACGUUGGAAAAUUAAUCUUGCAUAUAAAAUAAAGAUGAGAAACCGAUUCCUAAAAUUCUUUAAAGAGGGAAAUCGCCAUAAUCAAAUUAAUAAGGAAGAAAUAUUCAAAGUGCUAAUUAAUUAAGUUAAUAAUUUGAAAAAUAAUCAACUUAACAAAAGUAGUAUAAAUAAAAUGAGCCUAAUUAAGUAAGUUUAAAUUAACUUAAUGGUGUAAAAUCCGAAUAGAAUAUUAGUAAAUAAUAAGUUUAAGUAUAAUAAAAAUAAGAAACAAAGCUUUAAAUAUAAUCUAGUUAGACGAAAAUAUAAAAUAAUUAGUAAUAAUAGUAAAGACCAAAGACAGCAAUAGCAAAUUAAUAAUAAUAGAAAUAAUAAAGUUUAUAAGAUUAUGUAAAAGCAACUUAAAAAGAUUAGUAGUAACGAGAAUAAUAGUAAGUGAAGCAAUAGAUGAGUUAGAAUAAAAGAUAAGAAUAAGCAAUAAAAGGAAGAUAGUAAUAAUAAUAGAGAGGAGAGUAAGUAAUAGAGGAGAAACUGUAUAAAUGUACAGAGGGUUGUGGAAGAUCAUUUAAUGCAAAAGCUUUAGAGAAGCAUUCAAAGGUAAAUUAUGAAUAAAUUGUAAAUAUAGGUUUGUAAGAAAGUGUUUUAAUAGAAGAGGAAAGUGUUUAAUUCAUAAAAAUAAAGAUAAAUAGAAUAAGAGGAAUGUGUAUAAAUGAAGGGUGUAGGAAUGAAGAAACAAAUACAAAAAUAGGGAAUGAAACAAGGUUAGAAGUAGUAGUAGUAAAUAAAAAAUGAUAAACCUAAAUGGAAAGCAUAGAGUGAAGCAUUUAGAGCAAUAAUAAGAUAAGCAAAAGGUUAGAAAUUAACAAAAGAGGAGUAAGUUUAAUUAAAUGGUGCAAUGGAAAGUGCUUAAGAAUUGGUGUAGUGCAAGUUUUGCAAUAGAAAGUUUAAUGGAGAGGCAGCUAAGAAGCAUAUAGUAUUUUGUGAGACAAAAGCGAAAUAGUGUGGAAAGAGUGGGAUAUAAAAGAAAAAGAAAUGAUUAUUUUAAUUUUUAACAACUUAUGAGAGG